AGCGGCACCGCAUUUCCGUGUGAACUACUGAGGAUCGUAGAAAGAAAGAUGUCUCGCCUCCUAAUCUCAGCAGCGUUGUUGGUCGGACUGAGUUUCGCAGUCUCAUCGGCGGCGCCUCUUCAGACCUAUGCACAAGUAGCGGCCGAAGGUCCUCGCUGUACGUCUCCUACCAAUCCGGACAAGACAAUGAACUGCGCCGUGAUGCUCCAGAUGGCAGAUAUGCUGCUACAGACGUAUGCGGACGGAAUGAAAGAAUAUGAAGCCAGGCUCCAGGCUGCAGAAGAAGCAGAAAACCAAGAAAAAACAUUGGAAGAGGUGGAAGCAAAAUUACUGCAGAUUAAUAACCCUAAUAGCACCUGUGUCAAGUGCAAAGUCAUCAGCCAAAAUCCAUUCAAACAGAUAUGUGUGGAGUGGAGCAGUGGUUAAAAAAGCUUCCUUCCCAACUGUUGAAUCAGACUCCAGACUUUACUAACCACAUUAGCCCCCUCUCUCACAUAACACUUUGCUAGUAUGAGCCCUCAUCCAAUUUGCCAAUUAUUAUUAAUGGUGACCCUUUCAUUUCAUUUCUCCCUCUCUCAUGCACACUAUGCGCACGUGCAGUGAACUGUGGGACAUGACGCGAAAUUUUUGCGGAGCGUUCCGUGGAAACAAGGUUACACGAACAAAAACAGACUAGAUUACCGAUCAAAAGGUUCGUGCAACUAUACACCUUCGCCAACUUUAUAUAUAGACGAUGUCCAACCAAAUGAAGAAGAAGCUACCAGUACUAGAACGGAUAUAUAGCGAGCGCGAGCAGUCAAAUUUUUCUCCCCGUACUGACGCAUGUGCAGCAUAAUUGUAGCAAGGGGGCUCGCUUCGCUGGGCAAUGAUACGGUGACAGUGAUUUUCUGCCAGCGCUGCUUGCACUGCAUCCUGCAUGAAGCAGCACCAUAAUCGAAUGAGUUUAGAAAGUGUGAAUGCACGCACAUCUCUCUGUCUUGUCAAAAACGGGUAAUGGUGUGCUGUGCUUUGCCAUUGAAGUAGCUAUCAAUACAGGUCC